AAGAAAUCUCUAUACACCAGGUCUCUUCGAAGGAAAACCAAAAGAGACAUGUGGGUGUUUGAGCAAUAGUUGUACAGAAUGAGUUGGUGGAACACAUCAAGUUUCUCCAGCUUUGCAACACAGGCUUUGAAGAAUGCUCAGAAAAAGAUUGAUAAAGUCCUUGACAUUAACGAGGAUGGGGCUGUGGUAGAGACUCCAUCAGUAUCAGAAAACAAAGUUGCCAAGUCUUCAGAGGAACCUAAAAAAGUAAAAGACACAGGUUCAUCGUGGUCUUCCUGGGGGUCGUUUUCUUUGGACAAAGGAAAGGAUGAAUCUGUAGAGGACACAAGAAGUGCCUGGUCCAUGCCGUGGGGGAUGGAUACCAGUCUUACCAAGCCUAAAAAAGAAAAGUCACAACUGGAUAAAUCUAGUGAGGCUUCCACUGUCAAGAAAACUGAAUCAUCACCUGUCAACCCAAAACCUGGUGGUUUGUCAUCUAAAACUAAGAAAGGGGCACUGAAAUUAAAAUCCAGUGUACAAAAUGAAAAGACUGAAAACAAAGGAGUAGGAGAGAGUGUGGAAGAAAAAUCAAAGCCAGAGUCACAAAAUGUGGAGAGUGUAAAAGAAAGUGAUUUAUUAGAUACCACAGGAGACAUUAAAGUUCAGGAAAAAGAAAUUUGUGAAGAUGUAAAUAACGAAAAGGAGAUGAAUAAUGAUACACUUAAAUCAGUUAGUGAUGAAAAAAUUAACAGAGAUAAAGUAACAGAUGUAGCUAUAAUUAAUCAAGAAAGUGCUGAAAAAUCUAUAUGUUCUGAAGACAAUAAACGUUCCAGUUUAACAGAGUUAGAACGAGAGCGUUCUGACAGUGAACCGCCAUUAUCCAGUGUUUCUGAAUCAGAGGGUGGGUCUAGUGAAUUAAUAGUCAGUGAACCGUCACACGAAGAAACUCCACAAAGCCCAUCACCAGUGAUUCAUUCUGAUUUCAAGGAAAAUAUAGCAAUUACUGAAGUGAAAGAAGAAGGAGAAGAGAGUAUUGUGAAAGAAGACAAUUUAGUGGAGUGUGUACAAGAUCAGGUACAGUUGAGAGUUGAUGAGGGUACUGAGGAACAGAUUCAAAAUAAAGUAGAAAGUCAACAAGAAGAGGAAGCUAUAGAAGCCCAAACCAAAGAAGUGGAAGACAGAGAAAUGACAGAAACAGUGGAUGAAGGUACUGCAGUUGGAGAAGAGGGCACAGUUGUCUGUGUAAGAGAAAAUGAUGUUAAUAUUCCAGUUGGUUUUGAUUCUUUAGCUGAAGUAAACAGAUCUCAACCAGUUGACAUUCCAUCUAAUAGUCCAGAUAUCGAUCAAGAGAGGCUUUCUGGUUUACCUCUGAGCCCUUCAACAGCAAGUUCACUUGGUGGAACAGACUCAGACACAAACAAACUGGACAGUAGUUUAGACACUUAUACAUCAGAUGAAACAGUCAUUGAAAAGAGCUCAACAAAGAUGACAAAAUCUGAUGAUAGCAUACCAGAAGAUUACAUUCCAGAAAAUGUUCCAGAAUCAUCUGAAAAUCAAGACGUUGAGCCCUCAGAAAACAUGGGAGAAAUUUCCCCUAGUAGUUCAUAUGUAAAGUGUAUGAUUGAAGAUGCAAUGGAUGACAGUGCCAAAAUGGAGGAUAAUGGAAGUGACACACCAUCAAAGUCAGAGUGUUCUCGCAGCACGGGAGGCCAUGACUCGGGGGAUGAGAUAUCCACAACUACAUCCUCCGACAUAGAAAUCAUAUCACACGUGUCAACUCCUACUUCCAAUGGAGAUGGGUCUAAAAUGGUGGAUUUAUCUCCCUUGAAGAUAUCCCUUCAGAAAACGGCACGUAGAGGAAGCAGCCCCACCCACAGGCGAUCUGAUAGUCAGUCCAGCUCUAGCACCCACAGUAGGGAGGGACAGUUUGAACAACUCAGUCCAGGGAGGGAUUAUCAAGAUGAAGAUGACCAUAGGGGAAACCAGCAUAUGCAUGAAGGGGGAAAACAUGAUUUGUUCCCACUAAGUGAACAUUUUGAAAAUGAUCAACAGCAGAAGCUCAUUAAGAAAAUUGCUGAGCUGACGGAAAUUCUACAAGCCAGAGAAAGUAAACUGGUUCAGAUGAGUAAAGACAACAAUGACCUGAUGGAAACCAGUAACAUCCUACGCAAUCAAAUUCAGCAGUUAGAAGAAUUAAAGGAAGCAGAAUCGGAAGAUGUUAACAACGUCACGUCAGAAUUCACAAAGAGGCUGUCGGAGGCCGAGAAAAAAAUCAACCAGGUCAUAAGGGAAAAAGAAACCAUGAAGAAACAACUCCAAGACACUCAAGACGAGUUAGCUAAAAAAACAAAAGAAAAAUCCAGUCAGAUUCAGGAGAAGGAUCAACAGAUUAAAGAAUUACUGCAGGAAGGAGAGAAGCUUUCCAAACAACAGCUACAGAGUAAUAACAUCAUCAAGAAGCUGAGGGCUAAAGAGAAAGAAAAUGACUCCCUCAUUACAUCUCAAAAGAAAAAGCUGGAGGAUCAGAAAACAGAGUUAGAGCACCUGCGGAAGGUGUGUGAAGUCAAGGAUGAUUUAGAGAAGAAACAGACAGAGGCCAUCAAUCAGUUAAAUACAGCUGUACAAAAACAGGAAAGAGAAAAAUCCAAACUCAAGAGUGACCUGGAAGAUGCUCAGGAGAGAGUCCGAGGAUUACAAACAGCCCUGGACAACUCUUACAAGGAGAUAGCAGAGUUACACCGCUCUAGUGCAGCACAGGACAGCAAAGCUGCCGAGACAGCACUGAGUCUCGAGAUGCAGGUCCGAGAAGAACUGAAGUCUCAGCUUGAGCAAGAACGCAAGAGUAACCAGCAGGAGAAAGAAGCUCUGAUCAAUCAGAUAGAGGAUCUGAGAAUGACUGUGUCUAGGAUGGAAAAGGAACACAAUAGGAGGGAAGACAUGCUACGACAAGAAAUCUUCGAUCUACAGCGGCAUUUACAAGAAGAUGAAGCAAGAAAUCAGGACCUCACUCAAAAUGUAACAUCUGCCACCCGCCCCCUGCUGAGACAGAUUGAGAAUCUUCAGUCAACAUAUGCAGCUCAGUCUCUGUCCUGGGAAAAACUAGAAAAGAAUCUCUCUGACAGGCUGGUUGAAAAUCAGACCCAGUUGGCCAUGGUGACGGAGAAGGAGAGAUCAGCGAACGAGAAAGUGAUGGAGCUCUCAACUCAAGUUGCCUCACUAGAGUCUCAGAACAGUCGACUACGACAGGAGAAAGCUCAACAGACGGCUCAGACUGAGAUGUUAAAGACUCGAGUACAGGUGCUAGAGGAUGCCAAACACAGUGAAUCGGUUCAGAUUGAGGCUGUUAAACAACAGAUGUCACAGGAAAUGUCUGACCUCAGGAAAGAAAAGGUUUUCCUGGAGACCCAGCUGGACAUGGAGAAAAAUAAAGUGGAACAAGAGAGGAAGAAACUGACCCUGGCUCAGGAACAAAUCUCACAGAUGGAGAAGGACCUCCAGCGCCCUCAGUCCCGGGGGUCAGUGUCACCCCUGUCUGUGUCCAGAUCUGAGAGUGUGACUGGUGACCAUGGGUCCAUGUCUAUAUCCUUCUCACAGGAUGAUUUGGAGAGAAGUUUUGUGAUGUCUCCUGUGUCCAGUAGAUCGACACUAUAUGAGAGUAUACGACAAGGGGGUGGGGCUGCAAAUUUGAUUGACAGCCUUCAGUCACAGCUAAAACAGCGAGAUGGUGAAAUUUUCCAAUUAAAAAGUGAUAUUCAACAAUUGGAGAGAACCCGGGAGUCCAUGGCUCGAGAACUCGUCAAUCUGACCAAUCAAAAUGAAGAAAUUCACGAAAAGAUUGAAGAGUUACCACAACUCAAAAAGCAGUAUGAGGAUUUGAACCAGAGGUAUGAUGCACUGUUACAAAUGUAUGGAGAAAAAGUGGAAGAAGCUGAUGAACUGAGACUAGAUCUUCAGGAUGUCAAGGAGAUGUACAAAUUACAGAUUGAUCAUCUCCUUGCUAAGUAGUGGACACUGAGUGGACCAUUGUGUGAUGACGGCGUACAGUUCUGUGAUAAAGAGAGUGGACGAUGAAGAAGUCCCUCGUAGAUCCAAUACAAGACGGAUUUAUCAUUUAAUCAGAAGCUACACAAGGUGGCAAGAACUGGUUCUACGAAGGCAUGUACCCAAGUAUGCAUUGUAUUAUCAAUAAAUUUUGAAUUUUUUAACGGUGUAACUUUUAUGUGACAUUUUUCCGUCAAUUUUAUUGAAAUAUGGAUAAGAAAUACAUGUAUUUGUCAUUUAUACGAUGUUGAAAUUUGUAAGUAGUAUACAGAAUUCCUUGAAUGAAAAAAUCAAUAAAACGUAAUAUAAACUUGAAAUGAUCAUUACAGAGUGAAAAGUAAUGAUAAUGGUACUUCCAGGUCAUGCAUGUUAUCGAUAUAAAUAAUGAAUGUAAGUAAUAGAAAGGGCUUUCAGAGUGUGGGAGAUAAACUUAAUAUAUUGUCAUGUUAUAAGUGUGUAUUUAUUAUAAGACUGUAUAAGCUCAGAGGUGAGGAGUACAGAGGGUAUGCUUCAUACUAGUGUGUCUCAGUCAUUUAUGUAUGUUCUCAUUUUCAUGUGUAUUCUUCACUUGUUGGGUACAUGUUUCUAAAUCAUAUAGUCAAAUACUUUGCUUUGGAGGUACCUAUAUAUAAUAUAGGGUGUACAUUCGAGGUGAAAUUAUCUUUAGAUCCCAGAUGUUUGAGCUUACCUUGAUGUAUAUUUAUAAAUAAAUAAAUCUUGGUAUUAAUGAUAUAAAUAAAAUAUAUAACAAAGGUGUUCCUGGCUCCAUUGUAAAAAUACUUUGCUUAUAUGGAUGAAUACUUGUACAGUUUUAAUCUUUACUGAACUCUUAAAUCAACCAAUAUUUUACUUUGUUUUGUAUGAAUUUCAAGUUAAAUUAUAAAUAAUUUACCAUUCUGUAAUUUUGUUUGUUACUAGAAAUGCCUGUUUACUGAUUGUUUACGACCUGUCGGUGAAAUAAAUCUACAAGAUGCAAAAAA